AUGGAUGUCGACGAACUGCUCGAGGCUGCCGCCAAGGAGCGUGAAGAACUCGAUCGUGCCGCGAAGGCCGCCAGCAAGGAUUCCUCUCCCCGCAAGGACGAGCGAGACGGCCAUGACCGCGACCGCGACCGUGGAGGCCGAGAGCGACGCCACCGCUAUGGUGGACGUGACCGGGAGCGUGACCGCUCUCGCGAUCGCUACCGUGGUCGCCGCGACGACCGCCGCAGCGGCGGUGGUGACUACUACAGUGGCAGUGGACGCGCUCGUUCCCGCUCCCCUCGUCGCCGCGACGAUCACCGUGACAGAUAUCGCGACCGCUCCCGUGACCGUCGCCGCCGCGAUGACGAGCGCCCUCGCAAUGGCCGGCGUACCAUGACUCCAGAGGCGCCCAAGGAUGCCGAUCAGGACAAGCGCACUGUCUUCGUGCAGCAAAUCUCUCAGCGCGCUGAGACCCGUCACCUUCGCGCCUUCUUCGAAGCUGUCGGCGAGGUCAUCGAUGCUCAAAUCGUCAAGGACCGUGUCACUGGUCGAUCCAAGGGAGUCGGCUAUGUUGAAUUCAAGGAUAUCGAUUCCGUGCCCAAGGCACUUGAGCUAACGGGGCAAAAGUUGAAGGGUGUCCCCAUCAUCGUUCAGCUGACUGAAGCGGAGAAGAAUCGUGCCUCUCGUGCUGCUGCAGAGUCCAACUCGGGUGCUAACAGCGGAGCGCCUUUCCAUCGUUUGUAUGUUGGUAAUAUCCAUUUCAGCGUGACCGAGGAUGAUCUCAGGGAAGUAUUUGAACCCUUUGGCGAGCUGGAGCAGGUUACACUGCAAAUGGAUCCAGAUAACGGUGGAAGAUCCAAGGGCUACGGCUUCGUGCAGUUCUUCGAUCCGGAGAAGGCGAAGGAGGCUCUCGAGCAGAUGAAUGGCUUCGAGCUUGCCGGUCGCCCGAUUCGCGUUGGCCUCGGCAACGACAAGUUCACUCCAGAGUCCACUGCCAAUCUUCUCCGUAACUUCAAUGGCCACGCUCAGAACUUCCAGGGAUCCGCCUUCUCGGGCGCUGGCGGUCGUGGUGCCUAUGCUGGCGGCUCUGGUGGUGUCUUCGAUCGCACCCAUGGUCGUGAUGAUCGCGGUGUCAGCGGAGCUUCCGCCCUUGACGACACUGACGUGGCUGGCAUCAACAUCAACAACAUGAAUCGUGACAGGCUUAUGAACCUUCUCGCGCGCAACCCCGUUGAAGAGCCAACUAAAACAAAGAAUGGACAGGCCGCCCCGAAGCCCCGUGCUCCGACCGAGUACACUCCUGCCCCGUCCAGGUGCAUCAAGAUCCAGAAUGCUUUCGACCCCGAGCACGAGUUCAAGCAGUACGGCGAGAACUGGAUCCGUGACUUGGAAAACGAGGUGAAGAUCGAAUGCGACAAGAAGUACGGCCGAGUCGUUCACAUCGCCGUUGAUCCCAAUACGGAUGGCGACAUCUACGUCAAAUUCGAAGACGUCAACGGUGGCCAGAAGGCCAUGCAAGGCUUGAACGGUCGUAACUUCAACUGGCGCACAAUCCGUGCCUCGUAUGUUGUGGACAAGAUCUACGACUCGCUCUACGCCUCCGCCGCGAAGAAGUCUUGA